AUGCUAGUGUUGCCUACUGCUACUAAGUAUUUCCUGUUGCUCCUCGAUCGUGAAGCGACUACUCACUACUACCGCUCGCUGCUUGUGCUUGUACUGGUGUUUCCUACUGUUGCUGAGUGUUUUCUGUUGCUUCUCGAUUGUGAGGCGGAUGCUCAGUACUACUAUUUGCUGCUUGUGCUCAUGCUGGUGUUUCCUCCUCCUCCUCCUCCUCCUCCUCCUCCUCCUCCUCCUCCUCCUCCUCCUCCUCCUCCUCCUCCUCCUCCUCCUCCUCCUCCUCCUCCUCCUCCUCAUCGUCCUCGUCCUCCUCGUCCUUCUCCUCCUCGUCGUUGUCGUCAUGGUCGUCGUCGUCGUCGUGGUCCUCCUCCUCCUACUCCUCCUCCUCCUCCUCCUCCUCCUCCUCCUCCUCCUCCUCCUCCUCCUCCUCCUCCUCCUCCUCCUCCUCCUCCUCCUCCUCCUCCUCCUCCUCCUCCUUCUCCUCCUACUCCUACUCCUCCUCCUCCUCCUCCUCCUCGUCUUUCUCCUCAUCCUCGUCCUCCUCCUCCUCUUCCUCCUCCUCCUCCUCCUCCUUUUCCUCCUCCUCCUCCUCCUCCUCCUCCUCCUCCUCCUCCUCCUCCUCCUCCUCCUCCUCCUCCUCUUCCUCCUUCUCUUCCUCCUUCUCCUCCUGCUCCUGCUCCUGCUCCAGCUCCUCGUCCUGGUCCUCCUCGUCGUCGUCUUCCUCCUCCCUGCCCUCUUCCUCCUCGUCGUCGUCGCCUUCCCCGUCCUUGUCACACCUGUUCUGUUGCUGCUCGAUGGCGAGGCAGAUGCUCACUACUACCAUUUGCUGCUUGUGCUGGUCCGCUGCUGCUCGAUGGUGAGGCGGAUGCUCACUACUAUCGUUCGCUGCUUGUUUUCGUGCUGGUGUUUUCUACUGCUGCUGAACAUUUUCCGUUGCUUCUCGAUGGUGAGGCGGAUGCUGACUACUACCUUUCGCUGCUUGUGCUCGUGCUGGUGUUUCCUACGGCUGCUGAACAUCUUCAGUUGCUGCUCGAUGGUGAGGUGGUUUCUCACUACUACAGUUCUCUGCUUGUGCUCGUGCUGGUGUUUCAUACUGCUGCUGAGUAUUUUCUGUUGCUGCUCGAUUGUGAGGCGGAUGCUAAGUACAACUGUUUGCUGUUUGUGCUCAUACUGGUGUUUCCUCCUCCUCCUCCUCCUCCUCCUCCUCCUCCUCCUCCUCCUCCUCCUCCUCCUCCUCCUCCUCCUCCUCCUCCUCCUCCUCUUCCUCCUCCUCCUUCUCGUCUUCCUCCUCCUACUCCUCGUUCCCCUUCUCCUCCUCGUCUUCCUCCACCUCAUCGUCGUCGACUUCUUUCUCGUCGCCCUCCUCCUCCUCCUCCUCCUCCUCCUCCUCCUCCUCCUCCUCCUCCUCCUCCUCCUCCUCCUCCUCCUCCUUCUCCUCCUACUCCUACUCCUCCUCCUCCUCCUCCUCGCCUUCCUCCUCAUCCUCGUCCUCCUCCUCCUCUUCCUCCUCCUCCUCCUCCUCCUUUUCCUCCUCCUCCUCCUCCUCCUCCUCCUCCUCCUCCUCCUCCUCCUCCUCCUCCUCCUCCUCCUCUUCCUCCUCCUCUUCCUCCUUCUCCUCCUGCUCCUGCUCCUGCUCCUGCUCCUGCUCCAGCUCCUCGUCCUGGUCCUCCUCGUCGUCGUCUUCCUCCUCCCUGCCCUCUUCCUCCUCGUCGUUGUCACCUUCACCAUCCUUGUCACACCUGUUCUGUUGCUGCUCGAUGGCGAGGCAGAUGCUCACUACUACCAUUCGCUGCUUGUGCUGGUCCGGUUGCUUCUUAUCACUGCUGA